AUGUAUUUAAAUAAGAUUUUUGGAAAAUAUAGUUACCUUGGAAAAGUUAGCAAACACGGAUUUAAUGGGAAAUUGCAAUUACAGAAUAAAAGGGUUUUCAACACGCUUAAUAAAUUAUCUAAUAAAGAUGAAGCAUGUAUUUUAAAGAAAGCAGAAAAAUAUGGAAGCUAUGUAAAAGAGGGAUAUGAAUUCAAAGUAGGGAUUUGGUUAAACACAUGCAGUUUGUUAGUAUUGGGGAUGAUAACUUUAGGAGGAUAUACACGAUUAACUGAAAGCGGUUUAUCGAUGACUGAUUGGAAAGUUCAUGGGAUAAAAUAUCCACAAAAUGAUGAAGAAUGGAUAAAUGAAUUUGAAAAAUACAAGCAAACGCCAGAAUAUAAAGAAGUACAUUAUAAUAUGUCUAUAGAAGAAUAUAAAAAAAUAUUUUUUAAUGAAUGGCUACACAGAACCGUUGGUCGUGGAAUAGGCCUAUAUUUUAUUAGUGGAGUUGCAUAUUUUUUAUGUAGAAAUAGUUUAAAAAAAAAUAUGCUUAAAAAAUUGUCUUUUAUAUUUGGAUUGGGAGCAUUUCAAGGGUUUGUAGGAUGGUGGAUGGUUAAAAGUGGAUUUAAGAAACCAGAAACAGAAAAUAAAACCCCAAGAGUUUCACCAUAUAGAUUAGUUUUUCAUCUUUUUUGUGCCACAGCAACAUAUAGUUAUCUUUUUCUUAAUUCUUUAAAAUUAAUUGAAAUAGGAAAAUUAAGGAAAAUGUUUUUAAAUAGUUCAUCGAAAAAUUGGAACGAAUUUUUAUUAAAUGAAUUAAAAAAAGAAUUUUAUGAAAAAAAACAGAUUACUAAAGGUAUAAAAUUUGGACUAUUUUCAUUCGCAUUUUUAGUUCUAUCAAAUAUUAUGUAUGGUGGUUUUGUAGCUGGUAAUGAUGCCGGUUAUGCUUAUAACACAUGGCCCAAAAUGAUAGAUAAAUAUAUACCCGAUGAAGUAAAAAAAUUUUAUACAAAUAAUAUAACUCAAUAUAAACAAUUAUUUGAAAACACUGCUAUUGUACAAUUUAAUCAUAGAAUGCUAAGUUAUGCAAUUGUUUUAAAUAGUUUUCUAUUGUAUUUUUAUUCAAAAACAAUGACAUUGACAAAAAAAACAAAAAAACACUUUAUGAUUUUACCAUUUAUUACGACAACACAGAUGGUAACAGGUAUAUCUGUUUUAGUACACCACGUACCUAUACCAUUGGCCUUAGUGCAUCAAUUUGGAGGAUUUGCCGUUUUGACAACUAUUUUACAUUUAUUAAAGAAAUCCUGCUUCAAGCUUUGA